UCUUCUCUCUCUCUCUCUUCCACAACCAAAAAAAUAAACCAAACUUUUGCUCCGUACUAAAGUUAGAAAAAAUGGCGGCUAAAGUCAUUACAUUAAUGGCGGUUAUGUUGGCUACUGCCUUCACGGUGCACGCCAGAAUCCCCGGAGUUUACACCGGUGGUCCCUGGGUCAACGCUCACGCCACCUUCUACGGUGGUGCUGAUGCUUCUGGCACUAUGGGUGGUGCGUGUGGGUACGGGAACUUGUAUAGCCAAGGCUACGGCGUUAACACGGCGGCUUUAAGUACUGCCUUAUUCAACAAUGGCUUAAGCUGUGGCUCUUGCUUUGAGCUCAAGUGUAUCAAUGAUCCAGGAUGGUGUCUUCCCGGUAACCCAUCAAUCCUUAUCACCGCCACUAAUUUCUGCCCUCCAAACUUUGCCCAAGCUAGCGACAAUGGUGGUUGGUGCAACCCUCCUCGUGAGCACUUUGAUCUCGCCAUGCCUAUGUUUCUAUCCAUCGCUAAGUACAAAGCCGGUAUUGUCCCCGUCUCUUACCGCAGGAUCCCAUGUAGGAAGAAGGGAGGUAUAAGAUUCACAAUCAACGGAUUCAAGUUCUUCAACUUGGUGCUUGUCACCAACGUAGCCGGAGCAGGAGACGUCAGGAAGGUGAGUGUCAAAGGAACCAACACUCAGUGGUUAGAUCUAAGCCGGAACUGGGGACAGAACUGGCAGUCCAACGCUGUUCUUGUCGGCCAGUCUCUUUCUUUCCGAGUCAAAACCUCCGAUGGCCGAAGCUCCACCUCCAACAACAUUGCUCCGAGUAAUUGGCAAUUUGGUCAGACUUACUCCGGCAAGAAUUUCCGCGUCUGAUUUCUCGAAAAAUAAAAAGAAUCGCAUGGCGGAAGAUAUAUUGAAGCUUCUUUUUUUUCUUUUCUUUUUUCAUCAAAUAUAUAUAUUUACGUGUCUUUGAUUUAGCUUACAAUUUGGAAUUGGGGUUUUACCAUUUUUCCCUUAUUUUCUCAGGGAAAGUAUUGGGAUUGCUUGGUUUGAAAGUUAGGGCUUUAUUUUAAAGAUUAGGGUUGUGUUGUUGUUUUUUUGGUUUCAUUUGGUGUGUUUGUGUCUUGUUUGGUAUGUAGAGAGGCUGAAGCGGCUGCAAAAAUCAAGGGUUGGGAUAAAGAUAAAUGUAGCCCGCAGCUCUCUUUUACGUUCUGAUUGUAUUAAGUAUAUAUAUAUAUUAUGAAAGAAGCAUGGAUCUUCGAUUUAUAUAAAUAAAAUAA